UUUAAACACUUUCCCUAUAAAAACAUUUUUUUCCUGCUUGGGAAAGUUCAUUUUACUCAAAAAGGGGUGCUCAGCAUGUCCUAACAAACAAAUACCUCAUACUUAGAAGAGUAACUGGAUAUUAGACAUUACAACAAAGUCAUUUACAUUGACUCGGAAACAGAAGUUAUUUUGGAAGAAACCUGGCGGAUAGACUCGGCAAAGUGGGCAGUGUUUGCGGUGGAUUUAUACUUCAGUCCUCUGUGACUGUGUGUGUGCUGUUGUUGUUUGGCUCCCCCCGUGCGGAGUUGAAGCCGUCCUCUCGUGCGCGCGCUGCGUAUCGCAGGGUUUGGUCUGUUCUCUGUGUGCGCCGCGGGACUGGCUGUGGCCGCGCUACUUCCGGGUUCCGUCAUUCCACUGUGCGCCGCUCAGCGCUGUGAACUCACUCUGUUCUAUAAGCGCGCCAGCAGCCAACCUGCCAACACUCGCUGACACUCACUCAUCUCAGACCGCGCCAUAGACGAAUACCUGCCGAGGAAAGGAGAGAUCUGCAAUGGCAAUCUUUUAAUUUUGUCGCUGUUUUCCGUCUUCCUUUUUCACAGCACUCAUAAAACAAGAAAACGAAGCGGAGGCGUGGAGGAGCCGCGGAGUUGCUGGAUGAAAACGGACUAAAAAGAUUUCGUCCUCUCUUGAACAUCAUCACCGACCAUCAUUCAUUCAUUACCUUGACAACCUCUGGCUUUGAUUGACAGCCGGAGUGGCAAAAAGCCAUGAGACACGACAGUUUAGUUACAUGCAGGUUGUUGAUGGGCCGAUUGUAACCUUCAGUUUGCUUCUUGACAUUUUUUCUACUUUUUGGGGGCAAGGAGAAAAACAAGAAAAAUUGCCAAACUCUUCCCGAUGCCUGUGCUCGGUCUGAACUGUAUUGGAGAAUAGGCGAAUUCACGAAGUUGGUUAAAAAGGGAAUCUUACCACUAAAUCACGUUCUUACAGGACUGGGAUAUUAAAUAUACGACACGUCCCGGAGUUUAUUGGAGCGCAGCCUGAUGGCGCAGAGGUACGAUGAGUUGGCCCAUUACGGCGGUAUGGACGGGGUCGGAGUUCCGGCGUCUAUGUACGGGGACCCGCACGCGCCUCGGCCGCUGACCCAAGUGCACCAUCUGAACCACGGGCCGCCGCUGCACGCGAGCCAGCACUACGGCGCACAUGCCCCGCAUCCCAACGUAAUGCCCACUAGUAUGGGCUCAGCUGUCAACGAUGUUUUAAAGCGGGAUAAAGAUCAAAUUUAUGGUCACCCGCUUUUCCCUCUGCUCGCGCUCGUGUUUGAGAAGUGCGAGCUGGCGACAUGCACGCCCAGAGAGCCCGGGGUGGCGGGAGGCGACGUCUGCUCCUCCGACUCCUUCAACGAGGACAUCGCCGUCUUCGCCAAACAGGUUCGCGCGGAAAAACCUUUAUUUUCUUCGAAUCCAGAGCUGGACAACUUGAUGAUACAGGCUAUCCAAGUAUUACGGUUUCACCUUUUGGAGUUAGAAAAGGUGCACGAGCUCUGCGAUAAUUUUUGCCAUCGGUACAUCAGUUGCUUGAAAGGAAAAAUGCCAAUAGAUUUGGUCAUAGAUGAGCGGGACGGCAGCUCAAAAUCGGACCACGAGGAACUUUCAGGAUCUUCCACCAAUUUAGCCGAUCAUAUGGGGAACGUGGAUGGAUGGAUCCCUUCUGUCGGACCCCAGAACCCAGCUUCCUGGAGAGACCACGAUGACGCCACCUCCACGCACUCGGCAGGCACGCCAGGGCCCUCCAGCGGAGGACAUGCCUCACAGAGCGGAGACAACAGCAGUGAACAAGGAGACGGCUUAGACAACAGCGUGGCCUCGCCUGGUACAGGAGACGAUGAUGACCCAGACAAAGACAAAAAGCGACAGAAAAAGCGUGGCAUCUUCCCCAAGGUGGCUACCAACAUCAUGCGAGCAUGGCUCUUCCAGCACCUCACACACCCAUACCCAUCAGAAGAACAGAAAAAGCAGCUAGCCCAAGACACAGGCCUCACCAUCUUACAAGUAAACAACUGGUUCAUUAAUGCCAGAAGAAGAAUAGUACAGCCCAUGAUUGACCAGUCAAAUCGAGCAGGUUUUCUUCUUGAUCCUUCAGUGAGCCAGGGAGCAGCAUACAGUCCAGAGGGUCAGCCCAUGGGCAGCUUUGUGCUGGAUGGCCAGCAACACAUGGGAAUCCGGCCAGCAGGUCUGCAGGGCAUGCCAGGGGAGUACGUACCUCAGAGUGGUCCUAUGGGCAUGAGCAUGGCACAGCUACCUUAUUCUCCUCCACCUCCUCCUCCUCCACAGAUGCCACCACACCUUUCUCAGCUACGACACGGACCCCCGCUGCACUACGUUCCGGGCCACGUGCCUCCUCACCACGCCAUGCUGAUGCACGGAGGACCUCCUCCUCAUCCCGCCAUGAGCAUGUCUGCACAGAGCCCCCCUAUUCUCACCCCCAUCGACCACAGCACUGGUGGACAAGGCCUGGACAUCCACGCCCAGUAGUGUAAAGGGAACCAGACAAGAGCAAGCGAGAAAACAACUUCAAACUUUCCCCCUGCCCACUCCACUAAAGCGAAUUUGUUUGUGAUUAUUUUUAAGAACAGAAUGAAAAUGGAACAGUUUUGACCAGAAUUAGACACUCGAAAUAUGGAAUUCCAGAUGAGCUGUGAUAAUUUUUUAAAUCUUGUCAAAUUUGUUACUUUCAUCGAUGGAGGACCAAGCUGACAAGAACACUUUGUAAAGUCUUGGGCUUUUGUUAAAGAUCAACAGAAGACAUUUUGGACUUAUUGCACAAUAGUGCAAACUGAAAUAAACACAUACACACACACACACCACACAUGUACACAACACUCACUGAUCCAUGCUCUCGUUUGAACCAUUUUAAAGAAAUAAUUCUGGAAGAUAAAAAAAAAAAGACAAGAGACUCCAAGAGUUACAACUACUGUAGUAUAAAAGUAUAGACACUAAGUUAAAACUUGUGCAUUUUGGUUGAUCACUCGAUUUAUGUUUCCAGACCUAGUGCUAGAAUUAAAGGUUAACCCCCUGCUUUUCACACUGUGCGUGCUGUUCCCUGAGGGAGAGGUGGUCUCAUUGCAGCAAUAAAAAAAAUAAAAAUAAACAAAACAAAGAAAUAAAUAAAGGAAGAAACAUCUCUGAAAAACAUUGGCACUAACACUAAGACCUGAGCAGGCAGUGGACCCGUCCCGAUAAGGACCAGAAGUAGCACUCUACAGAGAGGCUGCUGAGAAGCCUGCUCUCUCUGUCUGAUUCAACACCAACCUUUAUUUCAGGCCCCUCUUUUUUGGUUCAUAAAUGAAUGUUUCCCUGUAGGUAAAGUUCUUAGUUUGAAUUGCCCAAGCACUGGAUUGUGUUGGUUUUAUACAUUUUUAUUUUAUUUUUAUUAUUUUUUUUUUUUUGUAUCAUGGACUCUAUCAUGGAAGAGCCUAUUGAAGGAAGCAUAUCCGUUGAAAAGCAACAUCCCACAAUAGUUUCCAUGCCUCUGGAUCAACACGCGCACCAUAUGGACAGCACAAACACUAUGGUGGAUUCUUUGGCACUUAGAGAAGCUAUUGGUGGUUGAUGCACCAAAAAAAAAAAACUUUUAAAAAAAGAAGAGGAAAAAAGAACUUAAAUUAUGAACUCAAAGCUUGGAAGAAGAGCUAAGAGAAUAUUGUAACAAACUUCGUACAGAGUUCAGUCUAUUAAUUGUUUCCUGUUAGAUAUUCUAUGUGUUUACCUCAAUUGAAAAAAAGAAUGUUUUUUGCUAGUUUCAGAUCUGCUGUGGCAUUGAUAUUGUAUGUCCAUGAAUUCCUUCCUUUUUCAGCACGUGUUCCUCACUAGAUGAUAAAGAUGCUGUCCCCCCCUUAAGCUUUGUCAAAAAAAAAUACAUUAAAUACUUGUAUGAGGACUGUGACGUAAUGUUUCAAAGGUGUUCAGUCACAAAUGCUGUAAUAAAUAUUUCAUUUUUGAUUUUGUUAGA